CUCAGGCAGUAGCUGCGGUGGAGUGGCUUCGCGUGAGUGGAGCGCGCAAAACGGCUUGGCCAAGGUCGUCAUAAUCAUGGUUCAUUUCACCACUUUAAUAACAGAUAAUUCGCCUCAGUGCUGUAUCAGGAAAUGGACUGGGACCAGUUUGACUUGAACCCUAAAGUAAUUGCUGCCCUUAAGAAAGCUGACAUAAAAUCAAUAAAAGAGAUUUUAAAUCUUUCUGGAGCAGACUUGCAAAGAUUGAUGAAACUAUCCAGUGCAGAUAUACAGUGCUUACUGAAAACAGUCUCUCACAUGCUGAGGAGAAAUAGUAUGCUUACAGCACUUCAGCUCUGCCAAGAUAAAGAUCAUCUCACCUCCCAACACCAGAAGCUAAGCCUAGGAUGUUCAGUACUAGAUACCUUGUUAAAAGGUGGCAUUCCUUUAGUGGGAAUCACAGAACUUGCCGGGGAAAGUUCUGCUGGGAAGACUCAGAUUAGUUUACAACUAUGCCUUUGUGUGCAGUAUCCUUACAAAUAUGGUGGAUUAGAAUCUGGAGCUGUGUACAUUUGUACAGAAGAUGUAUUCCCAAGUAAACGUUUGCAACAACUCAUAGAUCAACAACAUAAGCUGCGUGUGGAUGUUCCAGCUGAAAUCAUACAGAAGAUCAAAUUUGGAAACAGUAUUUUUGUUGAGCAUGCAGCAGACCUAGAUACCUUUCACAACUGCAUUACUAAAAGGAUUUCCCUACUGCUCACAAGAGGCAUGGUGCGGUUGGUGGUCAUAGACUCUAUUGCCGCUUUGUUCCGAUGUGAAUUUGGAGUUUCAGAUUCUGUUAUGAAGGCUCGGUAUUUGCAGACAUUUGGAGCACAGCUUCACAGUUUAAGCACUAGAUUCAGGACUCCAAUAAUGUGCAUUAAUCAGGUGACCGAUGCAGUGAGUGAGUCGGAAGUUGCUCAGUGCAGUUGUAGCGUAGUGGAUAACAGAGUUUCUCCAGCACUUGGAAUAACCUGGGCAAAUCAACUGCUAAUGAGACUGAUGGUCAGCCGAAUGUCACAACCUGAACAAUCGUCUGGAGUUGCGUCACAUCUCACUGGAAGUGUGAGGACUUUAAGAGUAGUUUUUGCUCCUCAUCUCCCUCCAUCCUCUUGCUACUAUACAGUAAAACUGGAAGGUGUAAAAGGAAUAAAUACAUCCUUUGCAUAGUAAAGCAUCCUGCUGCAAAAAUGUAUCAUCAAAACUACUUUGCUUCAGGAAGAAUUAUUGGUAAAAUUAGACUCUUCCUGGAUUACAGAAAUGGAUGCUGAAAUACAUAAAUAGUUAUAUGACUACAUUAAGCCCUGUCCACAUUGUGAAAGAAGAUCUUUUUAUACUUGGAUAUAUGUUUAGCAGCUUUUCCUCAUGAGACAAGUAUUCAGAAGGAGAGUAAACCUGUGGGCAGGUGGAGGCUGCACAAUGAAGUGUGAUGUGGCAAUCCAUGUUAGGGGAGACCUGAUUUCUAAUUUUGUUUUAAUAGCAUGCCAAUCUAGAAACAGUAUUUACUGCAAUUGUAUAUCUUCUCUGUUUCCAGACCCAAAGGGAUUCAAAUUCAACCAGUUAAUAUUGC